CCGAGUUUCCUUCCUCACAGACAACGUGGAACCUGCCCAUAACAUUACGUUGCAGCUGACCCCUAGCGGUCAUUACCAACUGGACAAUGCAACAGUCCUCCUGGGCAACACACUGCCACAAGGCCUUUCACAGACCUUUACACUCGUGCCAUAUGGACAUCUUUCUCAACAGCCUAGUAUGCACGUUAGUCCUACACAAAAACCUGUUGUUACCCCCACUGCGUUUUCAGCGUCUGAACUGCUUAACCAGUUGUUUGAACAGCAGCUGCAUCAGCCUUUUGAUGUCGUGUUGGCAUCCAGAAAGAACUCUCCUCAGCAGUCGCCAGUGCCAAUACAGCCUGCUCCGUCAUUAAGUCAGCAACUGCGACAACACAUUUUCCAGCCCAACAUCUCUCCUCAGAAUCCAGUUCUCACACAGUCGUCGUCUUUUCAGCAGCAGCAACAACAGCAACAGCAGCAACAACAACAGCAACAGCGGCAACAACAACAGCAGCACCAUCAUCAGUCUCAUGUUGUUGCUCAGGCAACAAAUCAUUCACAGACAAAGUCCAAAGUUUUAAACAAAAUGAGUAGGCAUUCACCGGAUAGUGGCAUUAGAACCAGUGCACCGAGUUCAGGAUCACAGAAAGAAAUAGCCUCAAGCAGUGGCAGGAAAAAGGAUGGACCUUUUAUAGUUCCUUCAGCUCCUACGGUGAAACCGGCAAUCGCCCCUCGCAAACCUCGUAUGAUUGCGCCAGCUCAGCCGGUGGCCUCCCCUCCCCAGCAAAACACACCACCAUCACAAGCUUCAUAUUUGGCUGAGCUGUUGAAAAGUGGUACAUACGCAGGCGCUCUCAUCAAUGUCAAGAAGGAACCCACCCCUCCUACAGCAGUUUCUAGUCCAAUCAAGACUACCACCAACUACUACCAGCACAUGGUGCCCAGCUACAAUCCAUCUUUUGGUCUUGGGUCGGGAACUUCAUCGGGAGCCAUGACAGUAUCAAGUCCUGUUAUCAGCAUGUCAGGUCCCAUCAAUAAUUCUUUG